CCAAAAACACAAAGAAAAGUGAAAAAGCUUGUCCAAACUGUAUAUUAAACAAUAUUGCCAAGGACAUGGAUGCACCAUCAGCAAUGUUUGGAAGUGGGAUGGCAGCAGCAGCAGCAGCACCAUCACCACCACCACCACGAUCAAUUGUAAGCGCAUUUUCAACUCUCUUGAGGAAUACAUGGAAUGCAUGGGAUGCGAGGGCGAUGGUUCUUCUGAGCCUAGUCUUACAAAUCUAUCUCUUUGUCUUUGGCAACCGCAGAAAGCGCAUUGUUAGCAAUAAUAUUAGCAGAAUGAUUCUCUGUUUUGCCUACCAAACCAAAGAUUGGGUCGCCAUUGCCGCUCUUGGAAAGCUUUCAAAUUCUGAUGCAGAAUCUCCCACCUCCAAUGUUCUAAGAGCCCUAUGGGCUCCCUUACUUAUACUUCAUCUCGGUGGUCCUGACACCAUCACUGCCUAUUCUUUUCAAGAUACCCAACUCUGGAACAGACAUCUCCUCACCUUAGUUGCCCAAUUCUUUCUUGCCCUUUAUGAAUCAAAAAUAGUCCUCCUAGGCUAUGCAUUGUUUUCAGCUAUUAGACCAGAUGUCAAUGAUUUCCAAUGCCAUAGGGAGUUUCAGCCGUCCUUUAAAGAGAAGAUGCAAGCCUAUCUAAGAGAGGCUGCAAAAGGUGGUUCCAGCAAUCAAGUCAAGUCAACUUUGCAAGACUACUUGGCUAAAAUUCUUUCUAUUCGUAUGAUCAUCAAUUCUUUGAAGCAACAAGGGGGGAGAAACGACUGUAACUGUGGAAUGUCUGAUGAUAUUCUCCAACUAAGCAUCAAACUGGACUUUGAUACUAGAAUCAUAGCCUGGCACCUGGCCACAAGUAUUUGUUACCAUCAAGAAUUUGGUGAUUGUCAUCCCAAUAAUGCUCCUAAUCAAUCCAUGAAGAGAAGCAAAUAUUUAUCAGAUUACAUGAUGUAUCUGCUGGUCAUUCGACCCGACAUGCUAAAUUCUGAGUAUCGUAAGAGUUUAUGGUUGGAACGUGCUAUUGAUAAGCUCAAGGACCGUCGCUCUAAAGCAUCAAAUAUGAGAGCUUUUACCAAGUUACUGUUGCCAGCCCUUUCCGAAUCCAGUCCCGAGACUGCGGUGGCGCAUCUGCCAGAGUUUGCUGGAUACCUGGCCAACACAUUGAAUGAAUGCCACAAUAAAUGGGAGCUGGUAGAGGCAAUGUGGAUUGAGAUACUUCUUUAUGCGCCACAUUCGUACCAGCAUGUAAACCAUAUUAGGAGUAACCUGGGACAAUAUGGCCGAGAGUUCCUUGCCUUAAUAUGGAUCAUGGCUGGCAAUCAUAUUUUACAAGUGAUACUGGAGCAGCUGUAGCCAUUAUGGCCCUAGACUUCGCUGCAGGGAAUUUAUGGGUGCUCUUGUUGUGCGUCUGAUUCUUUUUUUUUUCUCUUGCCUUUUUCUGCGUGUCUGAUUCAAGUGUGCCAGUCUUGAUGCAUGCAAUUAGUAUAUUUGUUCUUCGUACAGUGUGAGAUCUAGUUCUUGAACAUGAAAUAAAUGUUGGACAAUUGU